CCAUCGUUGACAAGUGGGUUUUCUUCGUUGCAAUUUGGAAAGUUUCUGUAAUUCCGCAAUGGACAAGUGGCUCAAGGAGCGUUUAUCACUCUGCCUAGAUUUCGAGAUUCCGGACGAGAUGAUUUCUUUCAUUCUGGGAAUGAAAUCAUCCGAAGAAGUUGAUGAAUAUUUCCAAACAUUACUAAACUACGAAUUGCAGGAACAUCGAGUUUUCAUCAAUGACUUCAAGCAGAGAUUAUUUGGUAAAAAUAUUGGUCAGAAUGGGAGCAGGGGCACAGGACGCAGGGAAACCAUCAAAAAAACUAACUUGAAUUCGAAUGCAAGGAAGCCUGAGAGGAAUGAACCUCCGCCGAAGGACGACGGCAAGAAAAAGAAGAAAUUUGUGAGUCUCUACACCAAAGACGGGAAUCUGAACGACACAGUACUCCUCAAGGGUCGACAUCGAUGCGAGUGUCAAGCUCGGAAGCAUCAAUUGAUUAACAACUGCCUGCGAUGUGGACGUAUAAUUUGUGAACAGGAAGGAAGCGGGCCUUGUUUGUUCUGCGGAAACCUCGUGUGUACCGAAGAAGAGAAGAAAAUGAUACGAUCGUCCACGAAAAAGGGUGAAAACCUGAAGAAGAGUCUCAUGGAGCAAAAUCGUCCUAAAGGUUGGGAGGAAGCGCUGGCGCAGCGAAAUAGAUUGCUUGAAUAUGAUAGGAGCAGCGAAAAACGAACAACGGUUAUUGAUGAUGAGUCGGACUACUUUCAGUCAAACUCAGUUUGGUUAUCCGAUGCAGAAAGGAAGAAGCUAGAACGUCUCGAAGAAGAGAUGCGAGAGAAAAAACACGCAAGUCGGCUAAAUCGAAAAGUAACCUUGGACUUUGGAGGUCGCCAAAUUGUAGAAGAGCCUCAGGUUACAGUUGACUAUGAAGAUAAGAUAUUCCAAGAAAUUGCAAAGUCAUGUUCGGAAGGAACAUAUGCAAACAUUAAAUCAAACAGUGGACCAAACGAAAUUUCUGAUGAUAUUCACCCAGCCUAUGAUGGUCCCCUGCCAGUUUUCAUUCCAGUUUACCCACAAUCUAAUAACGACAAGGAAAAUGGACAAAAGUACGAUGGUGUAUACAAUCGUGUUCAAGAUAAAGAACUUUUGGAGAUCCAGGAUCAAAGACACUGUCUUUCUAUGCAUCAGCCGUGGGCUUCGCUUUUAGUUGCAGGAAUUAAAAAACAUGAAGGCCGAUCAUGGUACACUGCGCAUCGUGGACGCUUAUGGAUAGCAGCAACAGCAAAGCCGGUGGACAUGGAAGAGGUUAAACGUAUGGAGAAUUUCUAUCGUGUUAUCUACAAAGAUGAUAACAUCAAAUUCCCGACACAAUAUCCAUCAGGUUGCCUUCUGGGUUGCGUUUCCGUGCAGGAUUGUCUGCCACAAGAAGAAUAUAGGAAAGUUUAUCCUGAAGGGGAGUCGGAAAGUCCUUUCGUUUUUAUUUGUACUGACCCACAGGAACUUCCAAUUCGUUUUCCCAUCAAGGGGAGCCAUAAAAUUUAUAAAAUUGACCCUAACAUUCAUACCGCUGCUGUGAAGUCAUUGCAAAGACUUGCGAAACUACAAGUGGAAAACGAUGAAUAGUUUAUUUCUGAUGUUCAGGUUUCAUUAAAAUAAAUUAUUUUUUCUUUGUA